GAAAAUGAUUAAUAGAAAGAAAGAAGUGGUCGAUGCAGUGGGAUCUAGCGAGAAGAAAAUCGACAUUGUAGAACAGGUCGACAGGUCUUAUCAAGACAAUAAUAAGGAGCACAGGGACGGGCUAGUCAUCACACUCAAUCCGAUGCCGAAACCAAGUUCAACCAAGGUCGAUCCGGGAUCGUCGAACUACGUCAACGGCUUCGAGAGCAUCGUCGCAAAUCCAGAUAACGUUACCGCGCGCUCGAUAAAAUUGCCACAAUCCGCUGGUUCGAGUUCGGAGAACCAGAGGAAACGUUAUCAGCGUCGAGAGGCGUCGUUUCGAGACGAGAACAUUUCAAGUGUCGGAAGUUCCAAUAAGAACACAUCGGAUUUCUCGGAGUCGUCGACCGGCGACGUGACGAAGACAGAUGAGAGGAAAAACUCUCCGAGGAUGACUACUGUCCGGCAAGAAAGCGGCCGGAAAGAGCGCGGGAAGGCAUCGAACAGAGCGAGGGAACGCGCGAUGAUAGAUGUCACCGGAUUGCCGGUGGCGAGCGACGAGGACUCGAUCAAGUCGGCAAAAUCUAAUUCGUCGUUAGAGGCGAACGUGAAGGGGAGAGAACAUGUUUUCGAGGAGAGCUUGGAUCAACGGAUUUCACAGAACGUCGAAUAUGUGCUGCGAAAAUCGCACAGAGACGCGUUGGCCAAGAGACAUGAUUUUAUCGCGAGCGCGAAAGUCGCGUUAAAAGCAUCGGAAAGCCCCUCCGUCUGCAAAACCGUGUCUGAAACCCGGAAUCCGUUGAAAACGAGAAAAGUGACGGCGAAAGAAGAAAACGAAAAUUGCCGCUCUUCGGAGAAAAAUAAAGAGUCUAAUCACAAUUGUCGCGAACACAACACCAAAGGGAAGAAGAAAAGAGCGAGAAUAAUGAAUUCAAAGUCAGCCGGAGCUCGCGACAACACGGGAGGUAGUAAGGAAGACAAAGCUUCGAGGCUUGACGGAAAACAAACGCGCGGACUUCAGAAGCGGAUUGUCGAACUGCGACUGCAGCAAGAACGGGAAGAUCUCCAAAAAUAUCUACACGGACUGAAAGACUUAAGACUAGAGUCGGGCUCCACUCGCAGCUAUUUCAGACCUCUGGAAUUCCCGAAAAUCGCGGAAUUUACGCAGCCUGACGUAAACAACUUGGAAUUGAAGCCGGACGAUCAGUUUCGGGAGAGAGUUUUGGCGAUUAGACGUUGGUUGAAGGAUCAAUAUGUUCUGUAUCGUGACUACUGUACUAUGGCGCAAGCGAUCAAUGCCCACUAUGUUCCCACAACGUUGGACGACACCAAAAAGACGAUACGUGAGCUGCGGAAAACAACGAUUAAAAACAGGUGACGUCGAUACCUGAAAUGCGUAGGUGCGCUGCACGCGACUGGUUGAAGCUGUCUAUGAUCUAUCGUUAGAUUAGGUGGAUGCCUCGAGAUAGUGAGUAAUUAAAAUCUACUUAUUUUUCAUUAAGUUAUUAAAAUUUUGGAUAAAAGCAUCAAAUUUUUAA